AUCCACUCCACAGGUAUAAAAAUAGUUUCUACAGAGCAUGACUUUAUGACUGCUUAUGCUGGUCCACAGUUAUCUCCGCAAACUCCGUGAUGAAGCGGGGAACAAUCAGAAGAUAAAUGCCUCCUCUUCUCCCAAGCCACCAAGUUUCAUCUGUCGCACUGAGCGUUAGUCAAUAUAGACAAAAGCUAUCAUGUCUGUCUUCCAAGCCCAGAAAACCGCGCUCAUAACCGGCGCGGCCUCCGGAAUCGGUUUCGCGACCGCCAAGCUCUGCCGCAGUCGGGGUAUGCACCUUGCGCUGCUCGAUAUCGAUGCUGCCAACCUUCACAAAGCGAAAGAUGAACUCGCUGCUGUUGAUCCUUCUCUCAAGACCGAGUCGUACGAGAUCGAUGUUGGUGAUAAGAAAAGGUGGUCUGAAGUUGCAAAUUCCAUCAAGUCGGCAUUCAGUGGAGUGGAUCUCGUCUUCUUGAAUGCGGCAAGGCCACAGAGAGCGCAGGGUCAGUAUGAAGGAAAAUUGAAGCCAUGGACAGAUGUAGAGUCAUGGAAGAAGGUAUUCGACACUAAUGUCUUCGGACCGCUGAACGGCAUCGAAGCCAUUCUUCCAUUGCUUCUGUCAACCGACACACCUAAAUCCGUCGUUAUCACAGGCUCCAAGCAAGGAAUCACAAACCCCCCAGGAGGUGGUGUUCCAGCAUACAAUGCCUCCAAGGCCGCCAUCAAGAGCCUUACGGAGCACCUUGCUCAUGAUCUUCGGUCGGAUCCCGCGACUGCACAUAUAUCUGCACAUCUGUUUGUCCCUGGGUGGACCUGGACUGGAUUGAUGGGGAAUGUUGGGCCUAGACCGGAGGAAAGUGUGAAGAAGAUGGCUGGGGCGUGGUACCCUAGUCAAGCUGCAGAGGUACUGGCCGAUGGAGUGGAGAAGGGAUCGUUCUAUAUUAUCUGCCCCGAUGGGGAGACCGAUUGGCCAUUGGAUCAGGCUAGAAUGCAGUGGGCUAGCGAUGAUAUUGUGGAAGGGCGACCGGCAUUAUCUCGCUGGGAGGCGAGUUGGAAGGAACGGGCGGAAGCAGGCAUUCGUGCUGAUGCUGAGCAACGGAGGAAGUAAGUUGGUACAUUAUGUUUUGAGCAACUUGGACGGAUUAUUAGUAUGUACUGGGCGUAAUACAAUCAAACGUUGUUGGCGUUUCGGGAUGUUGUAAAGAGUGUAAAGGCUUAUUGGGCCAUCGGGCUCCAUUUAAUCACUGGAUCUACUUCCGCUUUUGGACACAAACCCUAAGACGCAAGUGAAUGAGAGAGUCAAUUAUUCACCCAUAGAACAAUAAGAACGGAC